CAUGAGUUUCCAUUUUCGCAUUUCGCAUUUUGCUUUUUCGGCAAACACACACAUCUAUUUUUGUUACCAAAAUUCAAAUCGUUGCCAUGAGUUGGCAUAGGCUAUCUAGUGGCCACGAAGUCGAGGAUGAACUGGAUUUAUGCAUUGAAAAGGAAACCAGAGAUGAGAUUAUCAAGAGCAUUACAAAAAACAAAGACGAAUCCGUGAAAAAACUAACUGAAUGCGGCCUGGAGAAGAUGGGCUUUCUGGAAGUACAGGAAGAUAUUCGCUUUAAAUUCGCUUGCAGCAGAAAGUACAUGAUAGAUGGAAUAACCGAUUUGCUGGAGAAUAGGAAAUGCACCGAUCUGCAGAUCAAAGUGGGCGAUCGAACCUUCAAUUGCCACUUGCCUAUCCUACAAGAGAGCUCCAACUAUUUUCUGCAAUUCAAGCGACUGGAUGUGGUCACCUUAAACACGGACGUGGUCACACCCAGGGGUUUUCAGAUGGCCUACCAUUGGAUUACGCACAAGAACACCAAGCUGGCGCGGAAACACAUUGUGGAGAUCUACUUGACCGCCAGUCACCUGGACAUGACGGAACUGAAUGCACACAUAUGGAGUCGUUUGGACAAUCCUGAGUUGCUCAAUGGCCUCGAAGCAUUUAAGUUGUAUUUAGAAUGUUUGCCCUUCAAUGCGAGCGUGUUGCAGGAUUUGAUGCUGGGUCGCAUCCAUAAGUACUUUUUGCUGGCCGUCGCCACGCAGGAGUAUCUCGAUCUGGAGCCGAAUCACGUCUGCCAGAUGCUGGGCCACAUAAAUAUGUGUGUGAACUCCGAAAUGGAGAUGUUCAUGAGUGGUGUCAGGUGGUUGUUUUACGACUGGCCCAAACGAAAGAAGUUUGCGGUGCGUAUAAUGCAGGCCAUACGCUUCAAUCUGAUGCCGUCUUGGUAUAUCACUGGCUUGAAAACUCCACAAUCGGAUGCGGAAUUCCAGGAAUUGUUGAACAUUCCGGAGGUGAAAUCAAUGAUCGAUCUGGGCCUGUCCUAUGCGAUCACACACAACUUUUUGGAACCCACAUCGCCGCUGCAGGAACCGCUCCACAUGCAGAAGCCCCUGGAACGGCAAUGGGUCUACCAUGCGGACACACGACAUCACCAUCGAUGCGAGUGUUCCAAGUGGCGUUACCCGACAUUUGAGGUAUUCAACGAGUACUUGCAUUCCAUCAUCGCUGCCGGGCAUCGAUAUGUGCCCUCCCUGGAGUACGUAAAGCCUGGACAAAUGAUGGAGUGCUGCCAGGAGGCCUUCGAAAAGAAAUCGUUAAAUAAAUAAGCCAGAAGAGAGCACUUUAUCGUGGGCCCAUAUCGUUUUAUUGGCUCAACAACACACCCUUGGGUGCCAUAUAAUUGCCACACAUAAUUUCAUUAGCCGGAUAGUCCUGUUUUGGGCUUUGGUUUCGCAUUCACAUUGAGCUGUUCCAAUUAGUUGAAUGGCUGGCAUUUUGCUCAAUUAAUUGUCAACGUUUAUGAACUAAGCACUGGCUUGUUGUGCGGACGUGUAAAGGUGUGUAUUUAUGUUUGCCAUACACAACAACCAACUGCCAUACACUCCAUUCAAUUGGAGAGUUUGGUGGAAAAUCGAGCAAACAAACUGGCAUCACACAUGCAAAUGUCAAUGCCCCGGGAUGUCAGGGCGGCAAAACGCAAAGAAAGAAAAACACUUUUUGUUUAAACAACGGCAAAGCCAUCGCGCAAAUGCUGUAAAAGCGGUGAAAAGCGGGGAAAAGCGGGUAAAAGCGUGAAAAGCAAACCAUUCGACAGGCAUAAUCAAAAUAUUUUCACAAAAAGCAACACAAUUAACAUGCAAAAAUCAGGAAACAAAAUGAAAUCGAUUUCACGUAUUUUUUCAGCACUCACUGGCAUUGGUCUUAUUUGAGGCUUUUCCAGAUUUCACUGCAAAUGUUUGAAUAACUUUUUUGUUUACCUUUGUUCCACCAUUAUCCUGCCUUCAUAAAUUUUUAGCUGCAGCAUUAAAACAAUAAUACAAAUGCAAUUGAUUUGGCCUGCGACCCCAAUGCAAACAAAAGGCCAAACAAAACAUGGCAAAAUUCAUAGUUUUUUUUUUUUUUUUUGCCUUUCCUGAGCCCGCGUAAUUUAAUUGUCUGCAGUUGAGGCGCCAUACGAUAAAUCAAUUAAAACAGAUUAAGCUUCAGAGUAUUAAGGACUUUUUAAGCCCUGCCACGCCCCCGUUUUUUUUAUGCCAGCCAAUCCUAAGGGGCAGCUGCGGCAAAUGUAAUGCGCUGAUGCAAAUGAAGAUAGAUGCAUUUCGGGCCACUGCAGCGGCGCAAUAAUUGACGCUGAAUAUGAUGAAUGAGUGGCAAUUACAAGUAAGCGAAAAAGAAUCGAAAGACGAUUAAUGAGUCCAAGAAAGGCGCAAAUCGAAUGCCAAGCCAAUGGAUGAACACACAGAAGAACUCAGUGUCAUUUUACUUUAUCGCUACACUUGGAAAAGCAAAUGAAGUGCACUUCGCUGAUAUCCUUAAGUUCAUGUUUCCAAUCCCAAUCCAGUUCAUAUUUAAGCUUUAAGCUGUCAAAUCCACCUUUUACCAUCCAAUUGUUUGCAUGAGCAAACUACGACAAUAUAUGCGUUUUUGAUCUUUCAUUGCUCUUUAUUGGCUGUUGCACAAAACUGAUAAUCCUAUUGUGGUUUUGCUUGUUCCCCUUGAUUGCCUUUACACGGCGCUUUCACCAACACGAAUACACACACACACAGAGAAAAUCGGCUUCAGUUUUCAUGUUUUGCGGCGCGCCAAUAAGUAUGCAAUGCGCUGUGACAUUUUCAACGCGCCCCACAAAGACAGCAGCAGGGGCACAACAAUGCUUCUAUCUCCGCUCCUUAAAAACUUAAAAACCAGUCCCAGACAUAGGCCUCGAAUGCCACGCCCCCUCCCGCCCCCUAGAGCAUUUUUCCUUUGCGUUUUUCUGCGUUUUUCUGAGCCAGCGAAAACAACAAAUUUCGGUGACAACCAAAUGAAUUUAAUGCUUUUCGUUUAAUUUCAAUAGGUGGGGGUCAAUCAAAGAUAACAAUGUGUGGUUGUUGCUGGCCAAUAGAUUUCACAAUGGUGCAGAAGAAUUAGCGGCAGUGACGCAAAGCAAAAGAUUUCAUGUUCUCGCUUAUAGUAUUCCUCUCGAGUGAUACGGCACAGUGGACCUUAUCACCACCUCAGCUAAUUGGGUGGGGCUGUAAACAAAAACAAUCGUACCAUGGCGCUACAAAAAGUAAAAAGAAAUAAACCAGCGGCAUAUCGACCUUUGAGGAUGAGAGAGAUAGAGACUCUCUCUAGAGACUACUAUAAAAGCGCAGCAUCCGAUUCAGAAAAUGCAUACAGUGGCUGAAUUUCAAAACCGACGCAAUAAUAAUCAUCAACAAACAUGGGUAAACUUUUGGUUUAUACUAUUUUUGUCAUUUACGCUUUGAUGAUGGUGAUGGAUUUUGCUGCAGCAUGCCAACCUCAUGAUUCACCGUGUGUUGGAGCAAAUGGAGCGCAAGGAAACUGCUGUGGUGGCAUGCAUUGUCAGAAAAAUGAUCCCAGCUGGAGUGAGGGAAGGUGUUAUUACAACCCUGGAAAAUAAGGAAAAUAUAUGGAUCCAAUAUUUGAGUUAUAUAAAAAUAUAAUUAUUAAAAUAAACCCAUAAAAUUGUUUGUAUUCCAAAAACUCUUUAAAACUCCCCCUGCAAAAAAUUAUACAAAUUUUAAAAAUAUUGAAUUUGUUUGUAAUUUGAUUACGUUCUUAGAAUAUUAUUGUUUUGAAUUAUUUAAAACAUGUCGCGACGACAAGAAUAAACACCACAAAGGUUGUGCAGGGACUUGCAAUAACUAGCAGCUGAAAUGUACACUAAAUAAUUUGUAAAUAUUAUUUAAUAUAAGUUUGAUCAUUAACUUUUAUUAACGGCGAGUUCUACAGAAUUUAGAGAAUUCUGCGAAAUGCUUUAUAUUUCAUCAUUUAUUAACGUUAACAUGAUAUAAUGCUUCAGCAUGGCAAAUAUAAAAUAAAGCAGCGACAUGUAAUAAAAGGCGGGCAGAUAUAUAUUAUCGCCACCUGAGCUAAUUGGGUUGGGCUGUAAACAAAAACAAUUGUACCAUAAGCUUGAUAAACUUGGCGCUACAAAAAGUAAAUAUAAAUAAACCAGAGGGACAUCGACCUUUUAGGAUGAGAGAGCUAGAGACUACUAUAAAAGCGCAGCGCAGCGAUGUAGGAUAUUUAUACAGUGACUAUACUUCCAAACCGACGCAAUAAUAAUAAUCAACAAACAUGGGUAAACUUUUGGUUUAUACUAUCUUCGUUAUUUACGCUUCAAUGAUGGUGAUUGAUUUUGCUGUGGCAUGCCAAGCAUAUGAUACACUGUGUGUUGGAGCAAAUGGAGAGCGAGGAGACUGCUGUCCUGGCAUGCAUUGUCAGAAAAAUGAUCCAAGCUGGGCUAGGGGAAGGUGUUUGUACAAUACUGGAAAGUAAGGGAAAUAAUUGGAUCACACUCCCACGGCGAUAAUAUGAAAGCCAUACACAAUGGUCGGGCUUCUAUGGAGUAAAGAUAAAAAUCUACAAUUUUUCUCAAAUUCUAUAAAAAUAUAAUAAAUAAUAUAAACGCAUAA